AUGACUUUCCUAAACCGUGCCAAUCAAAGUUUUUUAACCCAUGCCCGCCUCUGGUAUCUUGUAGAUGCGAAGGAUCAGGUCAAUGGACGCUUAGCUUCGUAUCUAAGCCAAGUUUUGCAAGGAAAGACAAAACCUAUAUACCAUCAUACAGAUGAUGUUGGUGAUUACGUUGUGGUGAUCAACACGAGACAUAUUGUUUUAUCUGGUACCAAGUGGAAAAAUAAACUUUAUCGUCAUCACACUGGUUAUCCGGGUGGAUUAAAAUCUAUAACUGCAAGAGAGCUGCACAAGCGAGACGCUACAAGGAUCCUAUGGAGGGCUGUCUAUGGAAUGCUUCCGAAAAACAAUCUCAGACCUAUUUGGAUGAACAGAUUGUUCCUUUUUGAGGACAAUGAACAUCCGUACGCGGAGAAUAUUUUUGCCAAAUUGGAAGGCCCAGCCCCCUUACCCAAAAGACUGGAAGAGUUCACAGUAGAGGAAAUCGAAAACUAUCCGAAACUCUUUUGA